UGUGUGUGUGUGUGUGUGUGUGUGUGUGUGUGUGUGUGUGUGGUUGCCCACAGCGUGGUGGUGAGCUGCAGUCCGUUCCUGCCGUAGUUGAGUGAACUACAUGGAUAUUAGCGGUGCCGAGCCACAUCCACCGACCCACCGAACCGGGAGGACUUCAAAGCCAUCGCGUGUCCAAAGAGCCGCUCGGUUACCGGCAGUGUGACUCGGUGAGACGCCUCGGUGUGUAAUUACAAGUCCGUUGCACCAGUUUACAGCUGCUUAACAUCGGAUUAAAACCUGCCGGUGCGUCGUGAUUUAGUGCGUCAGCCAGCCGGAGCGGAAAGGAAAGGAGAGCUCGGCGGGAAUGGCUUCGUCUCCGUGCGGGAACACGAACUUUGAUUCCGGGCUGGAAAUCAAAACUCGCUCGGUGGAGCAGACGCUUAUUCCUCUAGUUUCGCAGUUAUACCUUCUUCCCCUGCCCACCAUCCAGCCACAGAAUUAUAUCACAACGCUGAUCAACCAUAAAGACAAGCCGAAGAAGUCUGAGCGCACCUUGGCGGCGAUUCACCGGGUGGGUCAGGCGGUGAACGUGGCGGUGGGACGUUUUGUUGCCGUCGGGGAGGCCAUCGCUUCAGAGAACCAGGAACUGAAGGAUGAGAUGGGUCAAGCAUGCUUCGAGGCACGCAGAGCAGGUGAUGCCAUAGCCCAGCUGACUGAUGUGGGAUCAGCCAUGCAGUCCCAGUCAGACAGUCAAGUUUCGGUGUUCAGUGAUAGAACGGGGAUGGUAAAGGCUGCCCGCCUUCUCCUCUCCUCAGUCACUAAAGUCCUUGUCCUUGCCGAUCGCAUUGUCAUCAAACAGAUAAUCACAUCACGCAACAAGGUUCUCGUAACGCUCGACAAACUGGAAAGAGUCAGCACGUUCCAGGAGUUUGUACAGAUUUUCAGCCAGUUUGGCAACGAGAUGGUGGAAUUCGCUCACCUCACAGGAGACAGACAGAACGACCUGAAAGAUGAAAAGAAAAAAGCCAGAAUGGCAGCAGCCAGAGCAGUGCUGGAGAAAUGCACCAUGAUGCUCCUCACAGCCUCCAAGACUUGCCUGAGGCACCCAGAUUGCGAGUCGGCGAGGAUCAACAAAGACGCCGUGUUCCACCGAAUGCGCUGUGCCCUGGAGCAGGUCAUCGAGAUAGUUACCGAGGCGCGGGGCUGUGGGGAGAGCAAGGUCCUUCCUACCAGCAUCUACAACAGCAUCAAAGACUUCAAGUCAUGUGUGGAGUGCCUGCGGGAGAACCUGUACUCUCUGACGCCACAGGACAUGGCCAGUCAGCUGGAGUCCCUGGUGGAGAGGACAGAGGACUUCACUGAUUCUGCCUACACCAGUCACGAGCAGCGUCAGGCCAUCCUCGGUCUGUGCCAGCUGCUGCGCCAGGACACCCAGCAGCUGGUACACGCCUGGGCUGAGGCGGUACGUUGGCACGGGCUGGAGCAGUCUGGCCAUGCCAAAGAGGCCACAGAGGAAAUGGAGGUGGCUGUCCUGAAGACGUGCCAGAGCAUCAGUGACCUGCGACGCAAGCUCCAUAAGGUGGCAGUGGGCCGCGCAUCAGACUUGCUGAAAGUUCACGGGGAGCAUCUGCCUCUGAGAGCUCUCAAAGCGGCGGGGGCUGAAGGGAACCUGGAGGCAGUGGCGGAGUCUUCGCGCACGCUCACGGAGCAGAAGGACCAGCUGGUGGAGACAUGUCGACUGUUGUGCCACAUAUCGGGGACGGAGCCAUUAGAGAUCACCUGCAUUCACGCCGAGGAGACCUUCCUCGUCAUCGGUCCACAGAUCAUCUCUGCUGCCCAGACGCUGGCCCUCCACCCAUCCAGUAAGAUAGCCAAGGAGAACCUGGAGGUGUUCUGCGAGGCCUGGGAGUCACAGCUCUGUGACAUGGCUCUGCUGCUCAAAGAGAUUAACGACGUCUUCGAGGGAAGACGAGAUGACAAAAGACCCUACCUGUCACUUCCAAGACCCGGGAAACACUCCGUGAACCUGAAGACUGCCAAAGCUGUCAAGUUGGAUGCAGAGGAGCAGACCAGCAUGGCCAAACUGGGCCUGGAGCUGCGGCUGCUGUCGUCAGACGUGGACUCAGAGGUGGAGAAAUGGGAGGAGCAAGAGCACGGCAUCGUCCGGCACAGCCAGAGCCUCGCCAGCAUGGCCUACAGCAUGUACCUGUUCACCAGAGGGGAGGGGCUUCUGAAGACAACGCUGGAUCUUUUCCAUCAGGCGGAGGUUCUGUCAGAAGAGGGACUCCAGCUCUGCUCCUCAUUUCGCACAUUUUCCUCUCAGCUGGUUGAUGAGGAGAAGUCUGCUCUGAUGACACAAAUGGAGAAGCUGGUGACUUUGUGCCAACAGCUGCAGAUGGGGGCCAGGACUCCAGUCCAGGGCAAGACCGCCACCUUCCAGAAGGUGGACUCGUCUAUCCAGAUGAGCAGAAACCUCAUGACUGUGGUCCUCUCCCUCCUCCCCGUCUGUAACAAACUCAACAAAAAGUAUAAAUCCGAGCCAACCAGCCUCGGUUCCCCUCAGGACUGGAGAGAAAGGCAGGAUGCCUCCCCCAGCGUCAAAGACGACGAGGCUUCUGUCAGCAGCAAAAACACCAACGGCUUCGGUGUCAAAUCCAUGGAGCAGCACAUGGCUGCUCUCAACCUACUGGAAAGCAAAUAAUCCAGGAAAUGACCGGUUUUAUUUUUUCCUCCUGCCUAUUCUUGUCAGAGCAUCACAUCGUCAGUCUCAACUCUGCGGAGAACAUCCAUGAUGUCAUGACACCAGAGAGCAGAGGGCGAAGAUGGUUGCCUUUGCAAGAGUUGAAAAUGUUGAACGGCAGAGUCUGUAGAACCACCCUUGUCCACUAGAGGGAGAAAAUCAGCCAAAACUACAAGUCUCCAAAGAAAUCUGGAUCUGGAGUCACUUUUAUCCUGCAAAUAGAUUUAUAGAAAUGUAGAGCUACAAGUAGAACUGUUUCCUGCUCAAUCAGCCAUAGAUCUGUCCUCACUAUGUGCCUACGUGGAACCAUCUGCUCUGUGUUGUUCUGUAAACGUGUUGCACAAAAGGAGAAAAUACACAAUCAUUAAUAAACUCUGCAAGGAUCACAGCUUUGUAUUGUUAGAUGUAGUGAUGACAUUUAUAAGUCAUUUUACAACAUUUAAUGCUAAACAUUCCCCAUUUGUGUUCGUCACGACGAAGCAGAUAUUCAGAUUCUGUUACGUUCAUCACUGCAGAUGUUUAAGUCGAGUCUUUGCGGGAGGUUUUGGGGAAAUCUGCAUUUUAAAAAGGUCCUCUUAUCACAAAACAGAUAUAACUGUAAACAAGCCGAAGCUUCAAGUGUUCUAGUUAUGAUUGUUGCAAAGCUGCAGAACGGGCCAUGUAUUAAGCUAGAUGUACAGUAUAUACAAAUAUAUAUUAUGAUACUUGAAGCGUACAAUAAAUGACUGGUACUAGGUGAGUGAGAUUACUGGCGUGUAACAGACUAAGCUUUAGAGACGUUGUGUUUAAGACGUUUGACUGAAACUGAAAGUUCUGGCAGGAAAUCAGACGAGGAAAAAAACAUUUACUUUUGAACCACCUCAUUUUGAGAACUGACACUUAAAAUAAAAUAUUUUUCUUAAAUCA